GGAGCUCACGUUGGCCCCACCCACUUGCGUCGACUAUAAAUUCCUUCUGCCCGGGGGUUGGGGCUGCCGCGUUUCCUGGAAGCGUCAAAGCGGUGUCCUCACCAUGUCGACCAAGUCGUCUAUGGUUCUUGGCUACUGGGAUAUUCGCGGGCUGGCGCACGCCAUCCGCCUGCUGCUGGAGUUCACGGAUUCUCGCUACGAGGAGAAACGGUACAUCUGCGGGGAAGCUCCCGAUUAUGAUCGAAGUCAGUGGCUGGAUGUGAAAUUCAAGCUAGACCUGGAUUUUCCUAAUCUGCCCUACCUCGUGGAUGGCAAGAACAAGAUCACUCAGAGCAAUGCCAUCUUGCGCUACAUCGCUCGCAAACAUAACAUGUGUGGUGAAACUGAAGAAGAGAAGAUUCGCGUGGAUAUCAUGGAGAACCAGAUAAUGGAUUUCCGUAUGCAGCUGGUGCGGGUGUGCUACAAUGCCGACCACGAGAAAAUGAAGCCUCAGUACCUGGAACAGCUGCCUGGGCAACUGAAACAAUUUUCCUUGUUCCUGGGGAAAUUCUCAUGGUUUGCAGGAGAAAAGCUCACCUUCGUGGAUUUUCUCACCUACGACGUCUUGGAUCAGAACCGGAUGUUCGAGCCCAAAUGCCUGGAUGAAUUUCCCAACCUGAAGGCUUUCAUGUGCCGUUUUGAGGCUCUGGAGAAAAUCGCAGCCUACAUGCAGUCAGACCGCUUCUUCAAGAUGCCCAUCAAUAACAAGAUGGCCAAGUGGGGCAACAAAAGCGUGUGCUGAGUAUUAGGCCUGCUGGCACUGCUUGUUUGGUUCGGACCUGUCUCUAAGGGGCCUGUACUCUAUUCCCUCUGCUCUUUUCAAUAAACUGCACUUAGACUA